AUGUCAAAGGUUGUUGUUAUUGGUGCCGGUGUUUCAGGCUUAACGUCUGCGUUAUGCUUACUUCAAUUGUAUACUGACAGAAUUCGAGAGUUGACCAUUUUAUCAUCUGAGUGGCCAGGAGAUUAUCAUGCACAUGAUUAUACAUCACCAUGGGCAGGCGCAAAUUGGGCCAGUUUCGCAUCAAAGGAUCAAGUGGAACAAAUUCAACGUGAUAAAGCUUCGUAUUUAAAGUUUCGGCAGUUGGCUAAAAAGGAGCCCGAGUCGGGAGUAAAAGAAUACACAAGCAAGAUUUUUAACUUGAAAGAACACGGAUUGCCAUGGUACAUUGAGCAAGACUUCGUAGAUGACAUCAAAAUUGCUACCGAUGCUGAAUUGAGAUAUAGAAAUUUGGAUCCCGCUUUGUAUUCUGGUUUUGAAUAUACAGGCUUCACAAUCACCCCAAAUGUCUACAAUAAUUAUUUGAUUUCCAAGAUCCGCAAGUUAGGCGGAAAGGUAAAGAGAGUCCCUAGACUGAAUGACAUCACUGACGUUGUUGAUGUUGUUGGUUACUUGCCAGACUUAGUUAUCAACGCCACGGGUGUCAACGCUGGUAAAUUGCUUAAGAAUCUAGAGCCAGAGGAGUUAAAGAAAGUGUAUCCUGUUAAGGGCCAAAUUUUACAGGUUUUCGAGGAUUUACCAUUCCAGCUCAUGGUGGACACUUUACCUGAAGAGCACAAAGCCCUCCCCUACCAGUUCUUGAACAUUUUCCCCAGAGCCGAAGGUGGUUGCAUUAUCGGCGGUGUCUUCAAGAAAGGCGAUUGGACCAAUACUGUCGAUUCCAAGCUUAGUGAGAGUAUCAUUUCUGUGUGCAAACGUCAUGUUCCAGAGCUGAGAUCCGCAUCUGUUUACAACUCGUACACCGCUUUGAGACCUGGUAGAGAAGGCGGGGUACGUAUUGAGCUUUCCCAAUAUGCCAUUGGCAAGGGCAAGAAAUUAAACGUGGUUCACAACUACGGUAUCGGAGGUGCUGGUUACCAAUCUUCAUACGGGAGUGCCAUGGAGGUUUGCUUGAACGCGAGUAGAGUUUUAGGCAGUCCCUUGGGUCAAUGCCCCUUUAAGUUGUAG